CAUUACAUUUUUUAUUCCACACACAAUUCAAAAUACCAUUGAGUAUAUAAAAAUACUAUUGAGUGUUACGAUUCUUUCGAUAAGAUAAAUGGCAAUACAAAAGAUUGUAGCAAUAAAUUUUAUUCCACAAAAAUUGGCAGAUGUACUGGUAAUUAUAGCUUCAAAACUGUAGGAGAUUAUAAAAAUGAUCUUCACUUUCUUAUUACAAAUCUCUCAAAUAAUCAAGAAAGACAAGGCGACAAGUCUGAGAUAGCCUAGUAUACAAAUAUACUUUAAUAAAACCUCAGAACAUUCAGUUAUUCAGUUUCGCACAAAAUUCUGAAUUGAUCAGUUUUCUCUAUAUUCAGAGAAAAUGAAGACCUCUAUUACCCUGUUCUUCACUUUGGCUAUGUUCUUCACUUUGUUUGAAUCAGGAUAUUCAAUUCUCUCAUGCUGUUUUAAUGGGAAAUUUGGUUUUAAGCGAGUUCCUAAAAUAAUUUAUCGUGGUACACACUUACCCGAUAAAUAUAUCCCUUUGGAGCAACCUUUUGAGUGGAUAGACUCAGAUGACAAUGCAUACCAUGUUGCAAUAAUAGAUAUUGCUGAUAAUAUGAUUCGUCCCAUAAUGAGUGGACCGAAGGAUCCUAAACGGAUUAAAAUAUACAUAAAGGACCCAAAACGUAUGCGUAUCAUGGAUGAAGAAGACAUGGCGAAUAAUCCUGUAAACAUGCCUUCUUAUGAACAUCCUUCUCGACUGAGUCCUUUACCCUGGAAGACGCGGACCUGGACCCGGAGCGGUCAGUCAAUUGAUUUUAGGCGCUCAUUAGGCAUUUAGGAUUUAAGAUUUUUAAUAAUUUAAUUAAUAUAUAUAUAUAUAAGAUAUUUGCAUUACUGAAAACUACAAAUUAAAAUAAGUUCUAAGUCUGUAUGUAAGGUUUUACAUUAUUCCUUCGUAACAUUAUAUGCCUUACGAGCAGGGACAAUACAUGUUGA